CAUUAAAACUCUCCUCUGAUUCAGAAUCUUCUCGAUCACAUUGGCCCACAGAAUUCCAAAUUCCAAAGUUUUCAUAUGACGUGGAGAUGCAACUUCGAAGUGCAAACCAGGACUUUGUAUCAAAUGGAGUUCUUCUGACCCCCGGUCAUAAACUUAAAUCAGACAUCUUGGAAAGUCUGGCUCAGGAAAUCAUCAAGUUCAAGGCAUAUCCCUCAAACUUGGAAAUUGAAUCUGUUGCUGAAGCUUUAAUCAAAGCACAUCCAUGUUUGAGAGAACAGGGAUCCUUCUGUGGUUUCUACGGCUGGAAAAUAAGCCUCAAGUAUAAGAUGGCAAACUACAGGACAAAACUUAGAAACUUGGGGUGCCCAGAACUGAGCAUCAAUUCCCUCAAGCACAAACCUGCAGAUAGAUGUCAGCCCGCCUAUGAUGUCAAAAAAGCAAGGAAAGCCGAAGUCAAUUUUUUCCCCCCCUUUCCUGCUGGAGAGACCCAGGACAGCCUUGAAGGGGAAAGAUUGGCGUUGUUAUCUGAGGUCAAGAAGAGACAUAAUGAUAAAGUUGUCAAAGAAAAGAUGGCUAAGACCUUCGCAUACAGAAGGCAAGAGGUCGUCAGAGACAAGCCCAUGAUCAUGGAGUUCAAGAUCAGAUGGCCAGGACUCUUCACUGUCGCAGAGGUGGAAGCAGAAUUUGUGAGGAUCACUACUGGUCCCCUUGUCUCAAAGUUCCAUGCACAGCUUGACCGACACACUGCCCAGCUCAUCAAAGUGUUCAAGAAGAAAGGAGGCUCUGCAGGGACUACCAUCAGAAGGAUUUUGGUCCCAAUCACACAGAAUGAAACUGUUGAAAAGAGGAGGGAGUGCAUCCUCAGGGCGCUUUGUAUCUACCUCAACGAAGACCCGAACAUCCUCUUCAAAGAAUACCUGGAUACUGCUGGCACCGCUGCACAGAGGGAGCUUGAGCAACUUACCCUUGGCAUCUACAUCAUCAAAGUCGAGGGAGGUGAUGCCACCACUCCUCCAGCUGAUGUUGGAAUAGUGAUCGAGGGUGUUGAAGUUCUUCAUGACCUGGACGUCACCUCUGCAUGUGCACUCUUAAUGGGUGUAAUAUAUGCACUGAACCUCAGUUAUCCUAAGGAACUGAAGACCUUCUUUGAAGGACUUCAAAAGCUCUUCCUUCAGCUGGAUGCUGGCAGACUCUCAGCCAAGGUACAAAUGCUCAAGAACAAACUGUAUGAAUGAACCAAACAUUGAUUUGGAUGCUGAAGUGACAAGUUAAGUGAGAGACCAUGCAGCACCAAAUUUGUUGACAACUGAAUGGAAAUAGAAAUAGCUAAUCUUCUAGCUGAAGUUAUUGUUUACGUAGAUAUUGAAAACACUUUCAUAACCAGAGGACCAUAAGAACUUCGUGUAGUGGCUGCAACACGAGCUGACAUGCUUGUAAAAAUGUUUUCCUUCCACACUACUAAAUUAAAGGUUGACAGCAGCACAUGUUGUUAUAGUUUGACUAUUAUGCUGUUUAAAAAAAAAGAGAACUACAAGUUUGUUAUAUUGUCACACAAUAAUAUUGACAAAUCAGGGAUGUUUUGUUUGUUUAUGCUGCAUCAAGGUAGUUUAUAAUUGUUAGUGUUGGGUAACGAUGCAAAACAAGUUGACAUGUUUGUCAAUAUAAUUACAUUUCAGGGUAUUCCCUCCACAAUAUUAAAAAUGGUUAGAUUACAAUGCUGUUACAAAAACAAAAAAUUGAGAACUGCAAGCCUGUUGGAUUGUUGGAUUGCAUAAAAGCAGUUUGCAACUGUUGGUGUUGAACCAUGCUGCACCCUAAUAUCUGUUAGGGUUUUAUUUUGGACCAAGUGGCAACAAAAUGUUCAAUAAAUAUCGCUUAAUAAAGGAAAUGACAAAUAUAUGUUGGGUGUACGA